UUUGUUACAAUAAUUAAAGAUAAAAUAAUUGAUAUUGGUAGCAUAGCAAAAACAGUUGAAACAUUAAAAAAGUCAAAAAAUCAGCCACCAGGUUUCGAAUCCUUCGAGAUAACCCACGAUGAAUUGAUUGAUCCAUUUAUUGAAAUGGCUA